AUGAACGUUCAAUCAUACGUUAUACAGCGACUUCGCUCAACCAUUUGGUAUUCGUUGGAUAAUAGUCUUCUCGAGAAUGCUGAGUUUACAGCUGAAAGAUUAGUGGGCGUUACUUCCAAAGGUGAUUCUGAAUCAAUUUAUCUUUAUGGACUCGUUUUGUAUCGUCGGGGCAAAUAUAAGACGGCUUUCAGAGUGACUGCGAAUCAUAUUCACGCUGGGUGUGCCUAUAUUUUUGCAAGAUGCGCGUUGAAACUUGAACUUCAGAAGGAUGGAAUUGAGGCAUUACAGCAAACAAUACAUCUUUGGAAUAGCACUAAUGACAGUGAAGAAGAUUAUGAUUUGAAACAGCAAACUUUUGAAAAUUAUGAAACUGUCAGAAAAUCAACUCCUGACGCUGCCGUUGUUUUUUCUUUAUUAGGUCGUUUAUAUGGUUCUAUUGGUGAUACUAAAGAAAGUGCCAUUUAUCAUUCUCAAGCACUUAGACUAAAUCCAUAUCUUUGGGAUUCUUUCGAACAACUUUGUCAAAUAGGAGCUAAUGUUAACACAAAAUCAAUAUAUAAACCGAGGCCGAUACUUUCUGGUGGUUAUGCCUCGAUGACAAAUAAAUCAAAGGCCGGUAAUCCUGGUUUGGCUCCAAUGAAUCCAAAGGCGUUUUUCAGUAAACCCAAUAGUUUCAAUAAAUCAGAAGAUAGCUCUUUUAAUAAUAGCAAUUUUUCAAAUAAUGAUCCGCUAAAGGAUCUAAAUAAUGGAGGGUUGAAUUCAAAUGUUACUAAUAUUUUUUCAACGCCAAGAUUGAAACAUUCAUCAUUACCUGAUGCUCCAGUUAGAAAACAUGUCAGAGGCGGACAUACCGAGAUUACUGAUUCAAUUCAGAGAUUAGGAACAAGAUUUACAUCAUCGAAGGUCACUUCAAGGUUAAUAACCCAAUCAACCCCUUCGGGAAGUGCAAAUAAUACUGUGACUUUUGGUAAAAGGGAUAAUAAAAGAAACACAAAGGUACAAAGCAGUAACACCACACCAUCUAAUCCUACAGGCACAAAACUUGGCACCUCCAAUAUCUUAGGAAAAAACAAUUCUCUUGAUCUCAGAAAACAAGAAUAUAGUGACCAAGCAGAGUUCCAGUUGAUGACCUUAUAUUCAAUAUUGUCCAAAGGGUUGAAAGCUAUGUCAAGAUAUGAUUGCUAUAAGGCCAUUAGGAUUUUCGAUCAGCUACCCGACUCUCAAAUUGAAACACCUUGGGUUUUAGGGAAGCUAGGAAGAUUAAAUUUUGAAAUUGUCAAUUAUGAGCAGGCCGAAUUAUAUUUCACUAGGCUUAGAAAAUUGGAUAGGACCAGGGUAGAGGAUAUGGAAUUUUAUUCCACUUUACUUUGGCAUUUACAAAAAGAUGUGGAGUUGGGAUACUUGGCCCACGAAAUGUAUGAAAUUAACAAAACUUGUCCGCAAACUUGGGUGACGAUUGGUAAUUUGUUCUCAUUACAAAGAGAAAAUGAUGAAGCUAUCAAAUGCUUUCAGAGAGCAACUCAAGUAGAUAAUAAAUUUGUGUAUGCUUACACUUUGCAAGGUCACGAAUAUGUUUCCAAUGACGCUUUUGAAAAUGCUCUCGAAAGCUUUAGAAAUGCAUUAUUAUAUGACCCAAAGCAUUAUAAUGCACUUUACGGUAUUGGAAUGGUUUAUUUAAAGUUGGGUGAAUAUCAAAAGGCAGAAUACCAUUUCCGUAAAGCUAGUGAUAUCAACCCUGUUAAUGUUAUUUUAAUAUGUUGUGUUGGUAUGGUUUUAGAGAAAUUGAACAAGAAAGAUUUGGCGUUAAAACAGUAUCAACUAGCCACUGAACUUCAACCAUCAAGCCCGUUGGCCUUAUUUAAGAAAGCCCAAUUAUUAUACUCUUUGCAUCAUAUUGAGGCCUCGUUGACGGAGUUUGAAAAACUUAAGACGGUUGCUCCUGAUGAAGCUAGUGUCCAUUUCUUGCUUGGUCAAUUGUAUAAGACAGUUGGAAGAAAAACAGAGGCCAUUAAAGAGUUUACAAUUGCAUUGAACCUAGAUCCAAAGGGCGCCCAUUUAAUCAAGGAUGUAUUGGAAACUAUGAAUGACUGA